AGUUGCCUUGACAGGGCCAGACCAAAUGACACCGCCCAUCCCGAGGGACAUUCCCCACCCCUGUUCUAGACCAAGCGCCAGGGUGCUGUGGCUGCCUCCAAGUCCUUCCUGUGCGCACACACACACAAGCCUGCACACACUCCCAUGCGGGGUGAAGCCAGGUGCUCCUCGAAGACUCUCCUGGGGAGCGACUGUGACCCAUGGGGCUCCCUGAGAAGUGGCCAGUAAAACCCCUCCAGCUAGGAGACUUCUCCCUCCCUGCACCCCAGCCCAGGGUACUGCCCAAGUGCCCCCAAGGAAUGAGAGGCAUCCUCCUCAGGGGUAACCCCCAGGGCAUCUGGACCCAGAGCAGGAGAAGAAAAGUGAGGCAAACCUGGCUCCAACAAGUCCUCCAUGGCCAGCAGGUCCAGCUCACUCAGGGCCAGUGAGGUGCAAAGUUAAACGAGGGCAGUCAGCUACAAGGACCAACUGUGGACAAGCACGGAGACCUCCAGGGCCCGGGGAGCCACUGAGGCCCUGCAGCAGCCCCUGGGAAAAACCCUUGGAAUCUACUGUGUCUCUGCCUGCCCCCCCCCCCUUGAGGUUUCCUCCAGGAAGCCCUCCAGUCCACCAUUCAGGUCCUUCCAGCUGCUUGGCCUUGAACUCUUACUGGCAGCCUGGCUGGGGCAAGUCACUUUCCUGUCUGUGAAAUGGGAGCCUAAGCCCCAGCUCAGACAGAUUGAUAAAUAACCAUGAGUCCUGGGCUCUUCCCUGGCUCUUCCUUCCAGCUUAUAGGGGGUGCCAAAGGCAGCCCAGGGGUGAGAAACAAGGCCUGGGUGGCCUCCUGCAACCCCCACUGGAAUCUCCCCGGCCCCUCCCUCCCAGAUUAACUGAAACUUGCUAAUUGUGGCAGCCCUCUGCCUGGUCCCCUCCCCCACCGCCCGAUUCCACCUCCCUAGGCCUCCUCUCCCCUCCCCCUUCCAUCCGAAUGAUAAAGGGCCCGGCCCCGCCUGCCCCCACCCAACCUCAGGCCCUGGCCCUGCCUCACCUUCCUACCCUAUUGCCCGGCGCCCUCAGCCCUUCCGGACCCUUGCCCACGUUGCUGGCCUCCCCUUUAUGGGGCCCUGCAGCAGCCCAGGCCUGGGGCUCGCGGGGGCAGAGUCGCCCUCCCAGCCCCCCAAGAGGAGGAAGAAGCGAUACCUUCGACAUGACAAGCCUCCCUACACCUACUUGGCUAUGAUCGCCCUAGUGAUCCAGGCUGCACCUUCCCGCCGGCUGAAGCUGGCCCAGAUCAUCCGGCAGGUCCAGGCCGUGUUCCCCUUCUUCAGGGACGACUACGAGGGCUGGAAGGACUCCAUCCGCCACAACCUCUCCUCCAACCGCUGCUUCCGCAAGGUGCCCAAGGAUCCUGCGAAGCCCAAGGCCAAGGGCAACUUCUGGCCGCCCCGUCCGCCCAGUCCCCAGCUGCCACCCAGCGAGGGCUUCAGCAUCAAGUCUCUGCUGGGGGGCGCCGGAGAGGGAGCGCCCCGAAGCAGCCAAGGCGGAGCGGGUGCCCUUCCAAGUAAGGAGGAGGUGGUGCCCACACCACCCGUGCCCUCCGAGCGGCCGCUGUGGCCCCUCUGCCCCCUCCCAGGGAUCAUGAGGCCGGAGGGGGAGACUACCCAGGGGAGAGCUAGCAGGCCUUCACCCCUCUGCCCUGAGCCCAGGGCCUGGCCCCUCCACUUGCUGCAGGGUACCUCCGACCCUGGGGGUCACAGGGCUUCACUUUGGGGGCAGCUCCCCACCUCCUACUUGCCCAUCUAUACCCCCAAUGUGGUAGUGCCCUUGGCACCACUACCACCCACCUCCUGUCCGCAGUGCCCGCCCUCAUCCAGCCCAGCCUACUGGGGUGUGGCCCCUGAAACCCACAGCCCCCCAGGGCUGCUCUGGGAUCUAGAUGCCCUAUUCCAGGGGGUGCCACCCAACAAGAGCAUCUAUGAUGUGUGGGUGAGCCACCCCGGAGAACUGGCCGCCCCCACCCCGGGCUGGCUGCUCUCCUGGUACAGCCUGUGAGCUCCAGGGCAGGGGCUGCCAACCCCCCCCCCACCCCCGCUGCCACUGGCUUGUUGAGGGGACCAAAGGCCAACGGGAGUCAGAAGUGUGGCCACAGUGGCCUGGAAACACCAGGCACCAGCCACUGAGAGUCUACCAUGUUUAUUGGGCCCCCCCACAAAGGGUGUGUCAACCCGGCCCUGAUGGUCAGGCCCCUGCUACCCCCAGCGGCAAGGCUGGGAGGAGUGGCACUGCCGGAGUGGCCUUUCCUGUCCCCUUCCUAGUCCCACCUUCUCUGGCCUCUUCUGUCCGUCCAUCCAUCCAUCCAUCCAUCACCAUCUGCCACCUCCCUCUCCUGGCUCCGGGGUUGGGGGAGGGAGGACUUAUAUGGCAGCUCAGCCUGAAGCCCUCUCCUUCCUCAACUGUCUGGGCCGAAGGUGGCACCUUUUUGGGGAAAGGCAUAAGGGAACAGGAACCCGACCUAGUGUGGGUGGUGUCGUGGGAGAGAGAACAGUAAAGGAAUGGACCACA